GCGCGACUAAUAUUACUGUUACCCGCUCCUAUGUCUCUUUUUUUUUAGCGCAGCAGUUUUCGCGUUUCUAGUUGUCCACCUCACGACACCCUGGGUGACGUGUUUCGUUGUACUGGCGCGAUAGCGACGAGAAGCCGCGUCGACCGCGACCUUGCGAGUAGCUUGACCUCGGGACGCGCUCCGGAGUGUUUUCGCAGGCCUAUCUCGCAGUCGCUAUAGGGAAGUCGCAGUCGCAACGUCGAAGUCUUUUUUCCGCGCCUUCGUAGGUCGUUGUGGAACAACCUUGGAGGACCUAGCUGAGUUCCUCCAACAGCAGUCGCUAGAAAGUCGAAACGACCAAUAACUAGCUGAACGCUUCCGAGCCGCUAUCGCCAGGUGUGCAACGCCGGUCGAGGCCAGCAGCGGAGCAAUAUAGCCGUAGCUCGUGCUAGCUCGUGCGCACGCGUUGCCACAAGGGGAGCGAUCAUCAUUUCUGCCCGCGGAGUGGAGCGAUCAAAGCGAUGGAGGGGGGGGCGAAGCGGCCUGAAGAGGUCUCCCUGCCCAAAGCAACAAUGAGUCGGCUAAUAAAGGAGAUGCUGCCGCGCGACGUGCGCGUGUCCAAGGACACCCAGGACCUCCUCAUGGACUGCUGCCUCGGUGGGCUGUUGGGGGGGUUGGUACUGCCUCGGUGGGUAAUUGCUGCCUCGGUGGGUGAUUGCUCCCCCGGUGGGUGAUUGCUGCCUCGGUGGGUGAUUGCUGCCUCGGUGGGUGAUUGCUGCCUCGGUGGGUGGUUGCUGCCUCGGUGGGUGGUUGCUGCCUCGGUGGGUGAUUGCUGCCUCGGUGGGUGAUUGCUGCCUCGGUGGGCUGUUGGGGGGGUUGGUACUGCCUCGGUGGGUGAUUGCUGCCUCGGUGGGUGAUUGCUGCCUCGGUGGGUGAUUGCUGCCUCGGUGGGUGAUUGCUGCCUCGGUGGGUGAUUGCUGCCUCGGUGGGUGAUUGCUGCCUCGGUGGGUGAUUGCUGCCUCGGUGGGUGGUUGCUGCCUCGGUGGGUGGUUGCUGCCUCGGUGGGUGAUUGCUGCCUUGGUGGGUGAUUGCUGCCUCGGUGGGCUGUUGGGGGGGUUGGUACUGCCUCGGUGGGUGAUUGCUGCCUCGGUGGGUGAUUGCUGCCUCGGUGGGUGGCUGCUGCCUCGGUGGGUGGUUGCUGCCUCGGCGGGUGGUUGCUGCCUCGGUGGGUGGUUGCUGCCUCGGUGGGUGGUUGCUGCCUCGGUGGGUGGUUGCUGCCUCGGUGGGUGAUUGCUGCCUCGGUGGGUGAUUGCUGCCUCGAUGGGUGGUUGCUACCUCGAUGGGUGGUUGCUGCCUCGGUGGGUGGUUGCUGCCUCGGUGGGUGAUUGCUGCCUCGGUGGGUGAUUGCUGCCUCGGUGGGUGAUUGCUGCCUCGGUGGGUGAUUGCUGCCUGGGUGGGUGAUUGCUGCCUCGGUGGGUGGCUGCUGCCUCGGUGGGUGGUUGCUGCCUCGGUGGGUCGUUGCUGCCUCGGUGGGUGGUUGCUGCCUCGGUGGGUUGUUGCUGCCUCGGUGGGUGGUUGCUGCCUCGGUGGGUGAUUGCUGCCUCGGUGGGUGAUUGCUGCCUCGAUGGGUGGUAGCUACCUCCAUGGGUGGUCGCUGCCUCGGUGGGUGAUUGCUGCCUCGGUGGGUGAUUGCUGCCUCGGUGGGUGAUUGCUGCCUCGGUGGGUGGUUGCUGCCUCGGUGGGUGGUUGCUGCCUCGGUGGGUGGUUGCUGCCUCGGUGGGUUGUUGCUGCCUCGGUGGGUGGUUGCUGCCUCGGUGGGUGAUUGCUGCCUCGGUGGGUGAUUGCUGCCUCGAUGGGUGGUUGCUACCUCGAUGGGUGGUUGCUGCCUCGGUGGGUGAUUGCUGCCUCGGUGGGUGAUUGCUGCCUCGGUGGGUGAUUGCUGCCUCGGUGGGUGAUUGCUCCCUCGGUGGGUGGUUGCUGCCUCGGUGGGUGGUUGCUGCCUCGGUGGGUGGUUGCUGCCUCGGUGGGUGGUUGCUGCCUCGGUGGGUGAUUGCUGCCUCGGUGGGCUGCCUUGGUGGGUGAUUGCUGCCUCGGUGGGUGAUUGCUGCCUCGGUGGGUGAUUGCUGCCUGGGUGGGUGAUUGCUGCCUCGGUGGGUGGCUGCUGCCUCGGUGGGUGGUUGCUGCCUCGGUGGGUGGUUCCUGCCUCGGUGGGUGGUUGCUGCCUCGGUGGGUGGUUGCUGCCUCGGUGGGUGGUUGCUGCCUCGGUGGGUGAUUGCUGCCUCGGUGGGUGAUUGCUGCCUCGAUGGGUGGUUGCUACCUCGAUGGGUGGUUGCUGCCUCGGUGGGUGGUUGCUGCCUCGGUGGGUGAUUGCUGCCUCGGUGGGUGGUUGCUGCCUCGGUGGGUGAUUGCUGCCUCGGUGGGUGAUUGCUGCCUCGGUGGGUGAUUGGUGCCUCGGUGGGUGAUUGGUGCCUCGGUGGGUGAUUGCUGCCUCGGUGGGUGAUUGCUCCCCCGGUGGGUGAUUCCUGCCUCGGUGGGUGAUUGCUGCCUCGGUGGGUGAUUGCUGCCUCUGUGGCUGGUUGCUGCCUCGGUGGGUGGUUGCUGCCUCGGUGGGUGGUUGCUGCCUCGGUGGGUGGUUGCUGCCUCGGUGGGUGGUUGCUGCCUCGGUGGGUGAUUGCUGCCUCGGUGGGCUGUCUCGGUGGUGUUGCUGCCUCGGUGGGUGAUUGCUGCCUCGGUGGGUGAUUGCUGCCUCGGUGGGUGGUUGCUGCCUCGGUGGGUGGUUGCUGCCUCGGUGGGUGGUUGCUGCCUCGGUGGGUGGUUGCUGCCUCGGUGGGUGGUUGCUGCCUCGGUGGGUGGUUGCUGCCUCGGUGGGUGGUUGCUGCCUCGGUGGGUGAUUGCUGCCUCGGUGGGCUGCCUCGGUGGGUGAUUGCUGCCUCGGUGGGUGAUUGCUGCCGGUGGUGAUUGCUGCCUCGGUGGGUGGUUGCUGCCUCGGUGGGUGGAUUGCUGCCUCGGUGGGUGAUUGCUGCCUCGGUGGGUGAUUGCUGCCUCGGUGGGUGAUUGCUGCCUCGGUGGGUGAUUGCUGCCUCGGUGGGUGAUUGCUGCCUCGGUGGGUGAUUGCUGCCUCGAUGGGUGGUUGCUGCCUCGGUGGGUGAUUGCUGCCUCGGUGGGUGAUUGCUGCCUCGGUGGGUGAUUGCUGCCUCGGUGGGUGAUUGCUGGGCUGCCUCGGUGGUGAUUGCUGCCUCGGUGGGUGAUUGCUGCCUCGGUGGGUGAUUGCUGCCUCGGUGGGUGAUUGCUGCCUCGGUGGGUGAUUGCUGCCUCGGUGGGUGAUUGCUGCCUCGGUGGGCGAUUGCUGCCUCAGUGGGUUAUUGCUGCCUCGGUGGGUGAUUGCUGCCUCGGUGGGUGAUUGCUGCCUCGAUGGGUGGUUGCUGCCUCGGUGGGUGAUUGCUGCCUCGGUGGGUGAUUGCUGCCUCGGUGGGUGAUUGCUGCCUCGGUGGGUGGUUGCUGCCUCGGUGGGUGGUUGCUGCCUCGGUGGGUGGUUGCUGCCUCGGUGGGUGAUUGCUGCCUCGGUGGGUGAUUGCUGCCUCGGUGGGUGAUUGCUGCCUCGGUGGGUGAUUGCUGCCUCGGUGGGUGAUUGCUGCCUCGGUGGGUUAUUGCUGCCUCGGUGGGUGAUUGCUGCCUCGGUGGGUGAUUGCUGCCUCGACGGGUGGUUGCUGCCUCGGUGGGUGAUUGCUGCCUCGGUGGGU